AUGGGGCUCCUCGACAACGUCCACAAAAUGAAGAUCAUGUACAAGAUAUGCUGCGAGGAGGACUUCAACUUCGUCCGAGAGAACACGCGCACCGUCGAGCCGCUGCCGCUGCCCGCCAAGGCCGAGUUUAGGACCAUCGCGCGGAAAGCCCUCGAGUCGUUCGAGAACAACGUGCUCCGCGCACUCGACAAGUACCUGAGCCCGAAGAAGAUCCCGGAACACGAGACGCCCGCGGUCUGGGCCGCGCUGUGGCAGCUGCUGUUCAUCUACCGCGACCUGUUGAGAAACCGGGCCCCGUGGAACAACAACGCGGCCCCGCUGCUAAACGCCGUCGCCGUCUUCUACUCGACGCAUUUCCGGACCCAGGCCUCCCUCAAGCUCUCUCUGGACGGCAUCCGGGGCUCCUGGGCGUCCGGGGAGACGCAGCAGGCGGCGCUCGCCAACGCGUUCAACCGUGCCCUAGGCCUCCGCGACACCCUUCAUCGCACCAUUGCUGCCGGUCUGGAUGAGAUCGACCAUCGGCUUAAGGCGCUCGUCGUCGACCCCGAGAUGAAGGUGCUCAACCGGCGACAGACCAGCAAGAAGUCUGCCAGCGGGAAGUGA